GUGCAAAAUAGCAUGACAGAUUUCAUGACCACAUCAAAAAUUAAUCACAGAAAGCGCACUUUUAUCCCUAUUGCAGUACUGACGCUGUUACUUCUCCUGUCUGUUGUGCAACUGAACUUUGCGCAAGGCCGGAAGGAAAGCAAGAUCAGAAGGAUGGGCCGAGACAUCCACGCUAAGCUUGAACGGACACAAGCUAACAGCGAGCAGAUACGCUAGUACGGAUGGUACGCAAAAAGGAC